CAAUUCAUUGUGAUGGAGUAAACACUACGUGCUUACGUACCACAUCACGGCCAAAGUGGGCAGCCAUUGCGUCUCAUCGUGACGACAUGCCAUUCAUCGGCAUCAUCACCUACUUCUUAUUCCCAGAUCAGCCAUUCAUCCCCAGUUAUUCAUCCCGUCUGGGUUCCCGGUCUACGCUCAACGCCCGGUAAGUUUCACUACGAUCCCCCCUUCUUUCUUCGUGACCCCCCGCUGUCUGAUCGCCGGCUUACCGUGUAACCAACUCAACGGACUUGUUCUGAUAGAUUAAACCUCUCCUACUAGUCGUCAUCCAACCCCUCAUCGAACAACAGGGAUAGUCUAUUUGCUCUGUGCUCCCCGGGAUCGACUCCAGCAAAUGAGAGCCGAUCUUGAGUCUGCCCGCAUCAAAUCACUGCCGGACGAUGGCUUCUACAUAGCGAAUUUCAUCUCGGAGGAUGAAGAGGAGUUUCUCCUCCGAAAGAUAACGACUGCGCCGCUACCCCGCUGGACUCAUCUGGCUCACCGGCGUCUUCAAUCCUGGCCCUCGGCCCUGACCAAAUCGAACGCGCUCAUUUCCUCCCCGUUGCCUUCUUGGCUCGUCUCACCCAUCAUUACCCCUCGCUUCGACUCCUUGGGCCUUUUCGCCGACGCCCCGCAUCGCGCCCCGAAUCAUGUUCUGGUAAAUGAAUACCGCCCGGGACAGGGCAUAAUGCCGCAUGAAGACGGUGCUGCCUACUACCCGCUCGUAGCUACUGUGAGCCUGGGAGCUCCUAUCGUGCUAGAUCUGUACGAGAAAUGUGAGGACGGCGAUGGGAACGGACAUGGCCGGCGUCCGGUGUAUAGGAUUCUGCAGGAGAGACGCAGCCUGCUCGUUACCACGAAGAGUAUCUAUACCGACUUUCUGCAUGGGAUUGCAGAAGCCUCCAGGGAUGAAGGGCUGGGCGCAGAAUCCAUCUGCAACUGGGAUCUGUUGAGGGAGCCAGACAGGUAUGAGUGCGGCUGCUUGGAGAGGGAGACUAGGAUAAGCUUGACUUAUCGAGACGUGCUCAAAGUUGCAAGUCUCGGGAAUACGAUGAGGUUCCUGGGCAGUCGGUGA